UACAAAAUAACUGAGCCACUCUCUUUUUGACUGUGAUAUUCAGUUUCCCUGGUGACGCGAGGCGGUCACUCAUGUUCUCCUCUUAGGUCGUCGGUCCAGUCAGAGUUAUACUCCCACCGUGUGUGUUUGUGUAUUUGUGUGGAGUCCACUUUGAUCCUCAGAAGCAACUAUACACCACCUUACCUCAUUUUACCAGAAUGCGUCUCGCUACAGAGGAGAAAAUAGAGCUUGGACUUAAGGGGCAGGGGACAGUCAAUCCUGCAUUUGGGGACAAAGACAGUGAUGAACAGCCGCAGCUGACAGUGGACAUUGGGGAGCCACACACGGAGGCCCUGGAGGAGACUGUGGACAGAGGUGUAGAUCUGGUUUACUCCCUCAAUGACAGGCCCCCGUGGUACCUCUGCAUUCUGCUUGGCUUCCAGCAUUACAUCCUCGCGUUCGGUGGCAUCAUCGCAGUCCCGCUGAUCCUGGCCGAGCCCCUCUGCAUAAAGGACAACAACAUUGCCAAAAGCCAGCUCAUCUCCACCAUAUUCUUUGUGUCUGGAAUAUGUACGCUGCUGCAGACAGCUGUCGGUACCAGGUUACCAAUCCUCCAGGGUGGGACCUUCAGUUUUAUAACUCCAACCCUGGCCAUUCUUGCUCUACCCAAGUGGCAGUGUCCGGCCCCAAAAGAAUCUGUGAUGCUGUCGGUUCAGCUUCAGAAUGGCACCAGUCCCCUGCAAAUGGAAAGUUCUGAUGAGAUAUGGAUGUCAAGAAUGCGUGAGAUCCAGGGGGCCAUCCUGGUGUCCUCUCUACUCCAGAUCGUCCUAGGAUUUUCUGGGCUGGUGGGCCUUGUGCUGAAAUACAUUGGCCCGCUGGCUAUCGCUCCCACCAUCAACCUGAUCGGCCUGUCACUGUUCAUUGAAGCUGGGAAGAAGUCUGGAGGUCACUGGGGAAUAGCUGCUCUCACGGUCUGUCUGAUCCUCCUGUUCUCUCAGUAUCUCAGCAAAGUCGAUGUUCCAAUGAUUGCUUACAAGGAUAAGAAGUGGAAGGUUUUCCAGUAUCCGCUGUUCAAGCUCUUCUCUGCUUUGUUUGGGAUGUGCGGUGCCUGGCUGGUCUGUUUCUUACUGACCAUCUUUGACGUCUUUCCUUCAAAAUCCAAUGAGUACGGCUUCUCAGCAAGGACUGACAUCAACCUGAAUGCUGUGACAAACUCCCCUUGGUUCCGUGUGCCUUACCCAGGUCAGUGGGGGUUGCCCACAGUGAGUGUGUCUUCAGUGUUGGGUAUGAUGGCAGGCGUCUUGGCAUCUACCAUGGAAUCAAUCGGUGACUACUAUGCUUGUGCUCGCUUGUCUGGCGCCCCUCCUCCUCCUACUCAUGCCAUAAACCGAGGUAUCGCUGUGGAGGGCAUCGGCUGUAUCCUGGCUGGACUGUGGGGAACUGGAAACGGCACCACCUCCUACAGCCAGAACAUCGCUGCACUUGGCAUUACCAAGGUUGGCAGCAGACUGGUCCUCCAGACGGCCGGCAUUCUGAUGAUCGUCCUGGGGAUCUUUGGGAAAUUUGGAGCAGUUUUUAUCACCAUACCAGACCCUGUCAUCGGAGGCAUGUUCCUCGUUAUGUUUGGAAUGAUUGCAGCGGUGGGGAUAUCCAAUCUCCAGUAUGUGGACCUUAACUCGUCCCGUAACCUCCUCAUCCUCGGCUUCUCUACCUUCAGCGGUCUUGUUUUACCUACCUGGUUUAACUCCAAUCCUGGCAUCAUUGACACAGGAAUAACAGAGUUGGACCAAGUGAUUGUAGUGCUCUUCACCACACACAUGUUCAUCGGAGGAUUCUUUGGGUUUAUCCUGGACAACACUAUUCCAGGCACCGACAAAGAGCGCGGCAUCAAGAACUGGCAAGACAAGGCACAAGACCAAAGCAAAAACAUGUGUGACCAGUCGUGCUAUGAUAUACCUUUCUGCAAUGGUAUUUUGAAGAGGUAUAGAUGUUUCAAGUACUUGCCCUUCCUCCCUACUUACAAGACCACCCAACAGGGGACAUCCAAGUAAUGGUGAUAAUAAACUUACAGGGUAGCAUUGAUGCUGUUCAUUAGCCCUGUAAAGGUAAACUGUUAGUUGAGCAUUAAAAAAGAAAAAUGCAAAAAUUGGCUUCUAUGCUCACCUGUGCUAACCCUGUGAGCACAAAGUGGACAGGACAUUAUGUUGUCUAAUUGCUCUUACAUUAGUUUUGUUGAUAUAAAACCUCACUGUGACGCACGCUUUCUACAGUUUCCUCCCACAGUCUAAAAACUUGUUGAUCUCUAAAAAUCUUGUAGUGUAAAACCUUAUAUCUUAAAAACUAAAAUAAAUAGUUAUUGCUUGCCUUUUUGGGUAGUAUACAUUGGCAUCUCUAUGCAGCCUGGUGUGCAUCUGAAACUGCAAUGCAAACAUAAGGGUACUGUGGGACCAGCCUGGCCCUAUUUACUAUAGGUAACGUACAACUCCGAGGGAACAAGAAAUAAAAUAAUGCAAAGUGAAUGAGGUCUUGUUAAAUAAAUAUUAUAUAAUCUAAACUAUUAACCUGAUAUCUUCUUUGGCUCCAAGUUUGAUUAUUUUGUCUUUAUAUACAGUAAAACACUUUUUUAUUGAAUUUAUAAAAACAAAGCUGAGCUGCCCUGUCUCCUACUGUUGGACUUUAAAAAAAUAAACCCCUUCCACACCAUUUCCAGGUUAAUAAAACAUUUGUAGUGCCUGAACAAGCAAAGAGCAGAGCAUGAGACACUUUAAUCGUCAUCAGUCAUUACAUUACAUUAAAUUUAUUUAGCUUAUGCUUUUAUCCAAAGGAACUUACAAUAAGUGCAUUCAACCAUGAGGUUAUAACCCAAAAAGAAUUUCAUCAAAUAUGCGGAACUGCUUCAAGUUAGACUCAAUAAGAGCUAGAGAAAGAGUUGUUUCGUUGUUGUUUUUCAUGGGCCCAGGUGCGGUUUGAACAGAUGAGCUUUCAGUCUGUGAAAGAAGAUGUGUAGAUGAUGUCAAUGGGGAGCUUGUUCCACCACUGUGGAGCCAGGACAAUUAAAAGUCCUGAUUUUGUUGAACUCUUGCUGAACCAUUUUGUCGGUUUGAAAAAUAAAAUAUAAACACAUCUCUUGGAUGUGUUAAGCUUGGACAAAAUUUGAGUGACUUUCAUGUAGAAUUACAUGAAUAUAUGCUCAAUAAACGGAUGCACUGUUUGAAUGCAGAGUCAGGAAUAACUUAGCUGGUGUAAAGACUGGGUCAGUAUUCAGUUAAUUUUUCAUGGAGCUAAUGAAGCCACUGGUUAGGUGUUACAAAUGUGUUGUAACCCAUAUGUUUUCAGUCGGGUCAUUACUACCUCAGGAUCAAGAACAGUAACAAGAAACAGAUAAUUGGAUAAUGGAAGGCUUUCCUUUAAAAAAAAAUGUUAUGUGAUGUCUUUAAAGGAGCUGUUUUCAAUAAUGUUAUUAAGGCGUUAUACCUUUCUUUUUUGUGUUUUGUCACUGUAUAGAAGUUCAUUUUUAAAUGUGAUGCUUUUACAUUUAUGAAUGUUAAUGUAAUUGUACUAAUUUUUGUACUAUAAUUGUAUUAAUGAAUAUAUUCAUAUUUAUUUACAUUAAUUAAUAUUUUUUGUAUGAAUCUGUCCUAAACUGUGACAAGUUGUUAAAUAAAUUCUGACGUUAAUAAA